GCCGGUCGGUACGGGUACGGGCGACCGCCGAUCACUGUGACUCAGGCUCUCGCCGCCGAAGCAUCACAACGUAUUCGCUCGGCUUCCGCUCGGUGCGCUCGAUCAGCUGUAAGCGACAACAUUACAACGCGACACGCGACGCAAGCGAGCCAUACAUAAGCCGCUGUGCGGUGUGCCAUGGAGCUGCUGUGUGCGGAGCGCGUAAGCCCCGGGAGCGCUGAGAGCGCACGGGUCGGGCCGGCGCCGGUGCCGGCCGCUGCUGCCUCCGACCCGGUGCUGCUGCGCCGCCGCGUGCUCGACAACUUGUUGCGCACCGAGGAGCGUUACGCCAUAACUGCUAACUACUUCGGCACCGUGCAGACCGAGAUCACUCCCCACAUGCGCCGGCUCGUCGCCGAGUGGAUGCUAGAGGUGUGUGAAGACCAAAGUUGUCAAGAAGAAGUCUUCCCUUUGGCGAUUUCGUACUUGGAUAGAUUUCUGAGUACUUGUAUGGUGGGGAAGAGCCAAUUACAACUUUUGGGAACCGCCUGUUUGCUGCUCGCGUCAAAGCUACGAGAACCAAGUUCUCGCGGCCUGCCUGCUGAACUGCUAGUGUUCUACACUGCCAACAGCAUCACGCUCACAGACCUCUGUAGCUGGGAGUUGUUGGUGCUUUCUAAGUUGAAAUGGGACGUUGCUGGCGUGACAGCGCACGAUUUCUUGCCGCUGCUGUUGUCACGGUUGCCUCUACGAGGACAUGUCAACACGGAAAUGGUCCAGAGGCACGCUCAAACUUUCAUUGCGCUUGCAGCCAGAGAUUAUGAGUUCACCUUGUACCCCGCUAGCACUCUGGCUUCCUGCAGCAUCGCUGCUGCACUACGUGGCCUAGAAUUAGACGGACAUCUUCCGCGUUUACAUGAGCUAACUGGCAUUGACCCGGAUUGUCUGCAAACAUGCCUGGAACAAAUCGAAGAGAUGGUGCAAAAACUAAUUGAAGAACGCGUCGUUACUGCCCCAAACGGACAAGGCCGGGAGGCGGGGGGGUGGACGCCACCUCCGACCCAGGACAAGGCUCACAGUAAUGCCGCCACCCCAACUGACGUCCGAGACGUGCAUUUUUAAAUAAUCCGUAGUAGCGUGUAUCCUGGCCAGCAGUUCGGCAAGGAAAAAUUGUUUUAAUUACGGUGCAUUAGUACGAAAAUACUAUAAACUAAAAGAAUAAGACGGUGCAUCCGUGGUUGAGGACUGAUACUAAGACUGACAAAUGCACGUGUUCAACGUAGGUAUUACUCACUGCGCGUGUAGUCUAAGGAUUUAUGUGUACAUAGUUUUCAUUAAUAGUAAGCCCUGCGUGCUACUUUUUUGCCUCUAGUCUAAAAAUUAGCAAUCAAUAUAGGCAGAGGCAUUGCACUGAAAUAUACAAAAUUUGAUUUAUCUUAAGAAAUAUGAUUAUAUUUUUCCAGCUCUAGUUGUUAUCUUGAAAUUAAAAUCUACCUCUUUAUUUUUAAGAUAAAAUUUCAAUUUUGCUUGACAACAAAAAAAUUCAAAUUCUUCAAAAGUCGGUCGUAGCAAAAUUGUUUUCUGGGACCAAAGCAAAUUUUAUUAAAAAAGUAUCAUUUGGAGAUUUGAUUUAUAUCAUAAUUAACGAAUUUGGCAAACAUUUCAAUUAAAAUAUAUAUUCUCUAUAAUGCAAAUGAAAAUAUAUUUUUUUUUAAGCAAAAACAGUAAGAGUGACCAAAAUUACUUAAACGGUUUCAAUAUAUCAGUUUUAUUCACAUUCAAGAAUAGUUCUUUGUAUAUCGGGGGAAGGCAAUAAAUUACGCUUUUAUUUUGUAAAAACUUUAAUAUAAUAUGUAUAGUAUGUCAAUCUUUAACACAGACAAAUAAAUAAAUGACAUAACCAACACAAUUCUUCUGAUAUACACAUUAAAUUAUAUUAUAUUAUUAUUAUUAAUUUAAAUAUAAAGUAGACGAAGGGCUAAAUGUUUUGUUUUGAAGAUUCUCUUUUUGUUCCUUUUUGACGAAUGUUGUACCAACUAUUAUCUUUAGCGUUUAAGUACCUAACAUUUAAUGUGAUAGUGUUAGAAAGUUGAUUUAAUUUCAAAUCAUAGUCACUUCCAGUCAUAAUAUGUUAACUUAGGGGUACUAUGUCAUUGGAUUAAUUAUAGAAAAAAAUGUGAUUUUCGUAACAUUGGUAAGCUAGGUUUACAUUUAGUUUUAAAAGUUUACUUUAUUGUUCCUACAACUACUGAAAAUAAAAUUAUGCAAUAGUCAAGUUUAAUAGUUUUUGUACUUAAUGAUUCUAAACUUGAACGAAGAGGAAAGUUAAACACUAUCUACCUACAUUAAAAUAUUGUGAUAUAAUUUCCACAGAUAAUUAAUAUUUUGUAGAGCUUAAGUACGGGUGGAGAAUGCAAAUAGUUUGUUUAUAAUAAUAGUAAGUGUUAAAGAUAGAAAGCUAAUCGUAUAUUAUAUCUAAGAUCUACAUUAUUUUUAAUUGUUUAUUCUGCAUUUAUAUAAAGUUGAAAAUAUGUUAUUGAAUAAUAAUAGUCCAAUGUCUUCCAUUUCUAAGAUAAAGUAUGUAUCAUAUAUACAUAAGUAAUGGCAUUUAUAAAUCUAAUUACUGCCAUUAAAGUUUAUGUUCAUUAUUCACUAGACAAUUUAUAUCUUUCUAAUACCACUCAAAUAAAUUUAUUAUAUUAGCCAUUAUGCUGUAUAAAUAUAUUUUUUCUAGAAAUAAAUGUAAAUAUAUACUAUUAUGCUGUAAGCAUGUGGUGCCAUAAGUAAUACUACUUUAAAGUAUUUGUAAAAUUAUAUUGACUAUGUUAAAUGAAAAUAAAAUUAAAAUACUGUUUUAUUUGUUAUCGUCGAGAACAGUAAAACAGAUAAAUACUAAUAGUUAGCAUGGUUGUGGUACUACUACCUAAAUACGUAGACUCUUCAAAUUUGACUAUAAAUAGAAAUAAUAUACUAUAUUAUAUAAUUGUUUAUAUGUAUGUGGGAAAAUAUACGCAUUAAAAAUAGUAAAUUUAAUGCUUAUUUUUGGCUUUUUAAAUAGAUUUAAGAAAUAUGAUUGUUAUGAAAUAGAGUAAAAGUAUGUAGUGGAAAAUUAAGAUUUUCCUAAUGUUGUACAUAGUAUAUAGAGCUGUAAAACUCUUAAUAGAAGUGAUCUUUUCUAUUGUAUUCUAUUAAUUAAAUUUUAAAGUUGUAUGACACGCGAAGUUGCGAAAAUUUGAUUUUUUUAUGUGAUCAUUACGUUUUAAGUUGAGUAUCUGUAUUGUAUGGUUGUUGCGAAUUGAGAUGUAGAUA